UAAAUAUUUCAAUUCUUUCUGCGUUUACAGGUGCUGUAUUGUUUUAGUUCCUCUGUUCAUGGUGAUUACUGAAGCGUCACUGGUCACUGUUAAGGGUUUAAUCGGAGGUUCUGUCGUUUUACCGUGUUCUUCUGAAGAACCUCAGCUUACAGUUCAAGACAUCACAGUGAAUUGGAAAUAUCAUGAUAGACUGAAAGUGCUUGACAUUAUUAAGGGCAAAGGCUCUGGACAAGGACAGGAUCAAUCAUUCAAGAACAGAACUGAAACCUUCCCUGAAGAGUAUACGAAAGGAAACUUCUCACUCAAACUCAAAAAUCUUCAGCACAGUGACAGAGGAAAGUACCAGUGCUACAUCACAGAGGAAUCAGUCAUCAGGACUGUGGAGCUUUUCAUCGAAGUGCCUGUGCGGGACCCAGUUGUGGGAUUUAUUGGAGGUUCUGCUGUUUUACCCUGUUCUGCUAAAGAACGCCAACUUACGACUGAAGACAUCACAGUCAGUUGGAGACACAAUAAGACCCUGGAAGUGUUUGACAUUAUUAAGGGUAAAGUCUCAGUGGAAGAACAGGAUUCAGUAUUCAAGAACAGAACCGAAACCUUCCCUCAGGAGUAUCUGAAAGGAAACUUCUCACUCAAACUCAACAAUCUUCAACUCAAUGAUACGGGAAUCUACAAAUGCUACAUCAGGAAUGAAUUACUAAUUCACAGUGUGAAACUAGAAAUAAACCAAGGAGCUCAAUCGAGACCAGAGAAGAUUUUACUUGUAGUGCCUUUUCUCUCGGUUUCCAUUCUGCUCUUUAUGUGAGUAUUGGCAGAAGGAACUACAGUAUAGCAGUGUU